AUGUCAUCCAUAUUGCGUUGGUACAACCAGUUGCUUCUUCGCAGGCCCCUUCUCACCAAUAUGAUUUCCACAGGGUUUCUCUUUGGCAGUGGAGACUUUUUGGCACAGAGAUUGUUUCCGCCUCAAGAUGGUGAAAUACCUCCUUACGACUACUUGCGGACAUUGCGAGCAGUGACGUAUGGGUCUAUAGUGUUUGCCCCAAUUGGGGAUCGCUGGUAUAAGCUCCUAAACAGAAUCAAGAUGCCUGUGAGGAUCAGAAAAGCCAAAGUUAACAACAUGGGAGAUACGCUUUUGAGAGUGGGAGCCGACCAGUUGAUAUUUGCACCCUUCAUAGGGAUUCCGCUCUAUUACCUGGUGAUGACAGUAUUUGAAGGACAUCCUGAGAUCAUCCAAACGAUUCGCUACAAGCUUGAUACCAACUGGUGGAAUACAUUAUGGUCUAACUGGUUGGUGUGGCCACUUUUCCAAUUGUUCAACUUUUACUUGUUGCCCACGCACUUCCGACUCUUAGCAGUCAAUGUGUUCAGUAUAGGCUGGAACUGCUACUUGAGCUACUUGUUGAACUGGAGAGAUGUGAAAAUAGGGCUGAACGAAUGA